CCCGGCUGUAGCUAUUGGUUCCUGGCAUUGCCAGUUAUCUUAGCACGUCUUGUUUGAACGGAAAGCAGUUGGUGUUGCCGUGCAGACUGAUUUAGGCCCAGAUCGAUCUGUAACGUUAUUAAAUAGACGAUGAAAGCUGGAAGAACACCAGAAAAACUCUGUUUAUAGUCAGUAUUGUUGGUGCUUGUCACGAUGAUCAUUGAUAAUGUGGACGCUCUGAAGUCGUGGCUGGCUAAACUCCUCGAGCCCAUAUGUGAUGCAGACCCUUCUGCUUUGGCUAACUAUGUUGUGGCUUUGGUGAAGAAGGACAAACCUGAGAAAGAGCUUCGGGCAUUGUGUGCCGACCAGUUGGACGUCUUCCUACAAAAAGAAACCACAUGCUUCGUAGAGAAACUCUUUGAAUGUCUUACUACCAAAAAUUACUUGGGAAAUCCACCUGCAAAAGAGAUUCCUAAAGAAGAGAUAAAACCUUCAGCUCCGAAACCUGAAGAAAAGGAAGAGGUUAGUCAUGUUGAAGAUGAGAAGGAUGGCCGAAGAAGGCGAAGCCCGCUAAGGAAUCGGUCUGACUUCAAUGAAUCAAGGAAUCGUGAUGACCGGCGGCGAGAGGAGCGCAGAAGGAGGGAGCCGGAACGGCAUGUAAAAAACAGCGACUCGUAUCGCGAGAGAGACAGAGAACGAGAGAGGACCGAGCGGAGAAGAGCGAACUCGCGAGGCCGGAGCAGAAGUCGCAGUCGGAGCAGCAGCAGAGGAAAAAGUAGGGACAGAGAGCAGAGGCGAGAACACAGGUCCAAAUUCGAGCCAGAACGAAAGGAGCCUGAGCCGUACACUCCGUUGACAUCAGGCCCUGUGGGGAAGACCCAACAACAGCAGCAGCAGCAGCAGCAGCAGCAGCAGCAAAAGCAACUCCCCCUGCUCCCUAUGCCCCACCCUCGGUCUCAGUUUCCCCAUUCGUGCAAUCCCAGCAUCCCCAGCGCCGUAACGGCUCACCUGCCAGACAGCACUACUGAGAGCUGGACCACAUACUUCUCCAACCAUGCCGAGAGCAAGAGCAGCACGCUAAAACACCGGUGCAGGGACUACGACGAAAAAGGAUUCUGCGUGCGAGGUGACCUCUGUCCUUUCGACCAUGGCAAUGACCCUCUGAUCGUAGACGACGUCGCCCUGCCCAACAUGAUUCCCUUCCCUCCUCCUGGAAUGCCCCCUGCCCGCAUGCCCAUGCUGAUGCCCCCGAUGACGGAGCCUCCUCCAAUGAUGCCCAUGCCUAUGCCUAUCCCUCCUCACGGGCAACCCCCGCCACCUGGCAUCUACCCAAUAGCAGGCCCUCCUCUAAUCCCAGCCGGUGGGGUAGACACACCUCUUCAUGCACGGACAAGAACCUCCUCCCCUCUGGCUCCGCCUGGAGUGGGCCCACCUCCUCCUCAUCCUCCUCAUCCUCCUCCUCCUUCUUCCUCUGCUACCACUUCUACUUCCCUCCAUCCUCAGUACACUCUGUCUGAAUACAGCUAUGAUCCUGAGGCGUAUAAUCCAGAGUCUCCUGGCAUCACAGGUCCUGGAAGAACACCGUACCGGCAGUUUAUUCCUCGUAUUCAGACCCAGAGACCCAACCUGAUCGGCCUCACAUCAGGAGACACGCAGAGCUCCAGAGCUGCCAACAUUGUAAUCCAGACGGAGCCAUCAAUAACCAACGCACCGAGCAGUGAGUUGAGACACAGCACAGAACCCGAGAGCAGAAAGAGAACGUUGGGCCAUGCAGACAGUCCUCAGGCUAAAAAGCCCUGGACAGAUAAGCAAAAUUUCAACAACCAGCACAAGAUGCCCUUUCCAAAGAAGAACCACUACGUCAACACCAAACUUGAAGUGCGCAAAAUUCCAAGAGAACUUAACACCAUCACCAAACUAAAUGAGCAUUUCAGCAAGUUUGGGACCAUAGUGAACAUCCAGGUGGCGUUUGGAGGUGACCCAGACGCAGCUCUUAUUCAGUAUACGACCAACGAGGAAGCUCGGAGGGCAAUCUCCAGCACUGAGGCUGUGCUCAACAACCGCUUCAUCAGAGUCUACUGGCACAGAGAAAAUAUGGCCCAGAACCAGGAUCAGACCACCAACCAGAAUGCCAACCUCAGUACCCAGAUGCCUGCUGCUCACAAGGUAAUAAACAAGCAACACGCACCUGGUGCCUAUGUGCUGAAUAAAACCCUCCCCAAACAGCCGAACACCCUCGGAACAGGAACUGCAGGCAGUCUCGAGCCUCCUAAUUCUUCCACUGAGUCUUCAUUGGUGGUAGCUCCAGCCAGUGCACUACAGAAAGGGCCUUACUCACGGACAGUAUUGAAGCCACCUCCAAAAGUGCUGGGGAAGAUGGCCAAACCCCAUGAAGAUCAGGAUGUUCUGAAAAAGAAGCAGGAGGCGCUAAAGCUGCAGCAAGAUAUGAGGAAAAAGAAACAGGAGAUGCUGGAGAAGCAGAUCGAGUAUCAGAAGGCCUUAAUAAACCGUCUGGAAAAGAACCGAGGGAUGAAGCCAGAGGAGCGGGCCAACAUUAUGAAAACCCUGAAAGAGCUCACAGAGAAGAUCUCUCAGCUAAAGAAUGAAAUCAGCCAUGGCUCCCAGUUAACAGGAAAUUCUGCUCAGGCCAAGACCAAAACAGAUGCACAGAAGGAGCUGCUAGAUGCAGAGUUGGACUUCCACAAUAAGUUAUCUUCAGGAGAGGACACUACAGACCUAAAGAGGAAACUGGGUCAGCUGCAAGUGGAGGCGAAGCGUUUGGGGCUUUUACCAGUCGGCCGAGCCAAACCCACGCAGAGCAUAAGUCGAGGCAGAGCCAGGGGCAGAGGGAGGAGUGCGAGAGGCAGGGGAGCACCCAACCACAUGGUGGUGGACCACCGACCUCGGGCCCUUGCUAUUUUAGGAGUCACUCAGGAGGAGAAAGAGGAGCUUAUGCCGCACUUUGUUAAAUUUGGGGAGGUCGAAGAGCUCCAUGACCAAGAUGCCACCAGCGUCGUGUUGACGUUCAAGACUCGAAGUGAAGCGGAAAAUGCUGCAAAUCAAGGAGCGAAAUUCAAAGGACGGAUUCUUCAGAUAUCAUGGUACAAACCCAAAACCCCAUCAGUCUCUACUGAACCAGAAGAAGAGGAGUCGAAAGAGGAGGUUAAUACGGAGCCAGAGAGCCCGUUCUUGUUGGCAGAAGAGGAAGAGGAAGACGAGGAUGAAGACGACGAGUAUGAGAGUCGCUCCUGGAGGCGCUGAACAGAAGCUCAAUAAAACGUUUUCAUAGUGAAAA